UUGCUAUCAUCAACAAAUUUUUCUUUCCGAUUCCUGUCUGUUUUUAUGUCUACGUUUGUUUUGCUGUUUAUGUAGCAUAUGUCACAAUGGAUGAAGUUCCAGAGUACGGAGAAAAUGAUGACAGUGACUUAUUACCCUGUGGAACAUGUGGAAGGACGUUCCUUCCUGAUACAUUGGCACGCCAUUCCAAGAUCUGCCGCAAAGCUACAGUAAAAAAGAGGAAAGUCUUUGACUCGUCAAAGCAAAGGGCCGAAGGAACAGACAUUGGAUCAGUCCCCAAGACAAAGUCGCCCACUCUUCCUCCGUCGAAAAAGAACAACUGGAGACAGAAACAUGAAGACUUCAUCGAUGCCAUGCAGUCAGCUAAGGGCGUGUCCAAGGCUAUCAAGACAGGGGCACCUUUACCACCCCCUCCCUCUCAGAAGAGGGUCAACCCAGAUUAUGUGCAAUGUCCAACGUGUGAACGUCACUUCAGUGAGAAUGCUGCAGAGAGACACAUACCCUUUUGCAAGGAGAGAAACAAGAGAAUUGAUAAAAAGACACCCAACUCAGCAGAUAAGAGCAAAGUUCAAGCACGAACUAAGUACAAACCUCCGCUACCUGGUAGUAAGAAGAAGACUCCUUCUCCUGCGGUGGCUAGACAACCUCAGAGUAGAGUAUCUACUAGAGCAGGCUCGGACAGGGAUGUGAGUGAUCUAGAGAAUAGAAUGAACGGCAGCAUGAAGAUUGGCAAUAGGACAUCAGUUAGAAACAAACCGAUUGUGGGAUCAAAAGCAAGAAGUUCAAGUCUUGAGCGUCCAUCAACAAAAUCCACUUCUUCAUCUUACAGGAGUUCCAGUGGAGAUUCAAUUAGGGGAAGAAGCAACAGGCAGGAUGCAGCGUACAGUCCAGCUGGCUACCAAUCGGGCGAUGGAAGAUACAAUUAUGAUGAUGACAUGGACUACGAUCUUCCCGACACACGACGAGGGUCUGCGGGCAGAAGACUAGAGCCUCUCUAUAAGAACAACAGUAAUCACAAAUCGUCCAAUCAUGUUCUCCCUCAUGAUAGGUUACGAGCGGUGUCCGAUGACGAUGGCUUUACCAUGUCUACCAGUCGGACACCAACACCUCCUUCAUCAAGACCGACCUCAAAUACCCGCAAGAAGAGCGCCGACCUUGUGAAUGGACGGAGGUUACCCAAGUUCUGCCACGAAUGUGGCACCAAGUACCCUGUGCAAAAUGCCAAGUACUGCUGUGAAUGUGGAACAAGGAGAGAAUACUUAGACUGAGUAUGAUAUAAGAAUGUGAUAGAAUAAUGAUAAAAGAUAUAAUGAUACAGCACCAUACGUACUCCCACUCGGACAAUGUAGAUGUAGUUCCAGUAUACUGUUGAUAUACUCCCAGUAGAACAACCCUAGAGUUGAUGACACCUUCAAGAAGACAGCAAAUGACCUUUAGAUGUUCAGUGUUUCUUUUGGAACACCAAGAUAAAACACCACGGGCCUCCUAGAACAUUUUUCUACCAUCAAUUCCAUUGAUUCCAUUGACUACAAUGUACAAUCAAUCGUUCAACUCAAGUGUACGAUUAAUCGCUAACCUUUGUGUUAUGGACCCAGAUCUGCUAUGGUGUUUUAAAAAGCAGCAGGCACUUUGUUGACCCUACUUGAGAUCUUACAUGUUUCUCAUUUUCAUGGAGCGCUUACAUAAAAAAACAGAUGAUGAUGCUGUUCGAUGAUCCACAGUGUUUAUCUUGCACCAUAUUUCUGUUCAAUGUUGUCAAUAUCACGGAGUGAAGAAGGGUGGGAGUUCCAGAGACGUGGAGCAAUAGAUGAAAAGGCACGGUCUCCAUAUCCUUUUAGGUGUGUGAUGGGUAUAUGAUGAGUGACAAAUAGCACUUUUUACGUUACCAUAGAUGCCCAUGUAUCUUAUUCUCAUGGAGCACAGAGGUGAAAAACACACAAUCUGCUUUGGUUUUGCUUACAUGUAGAUGUCACACUGUAGACCAUGUCCACAUUCGUGUCAAACUGUUAUUUGGAAGAAUAUUUUUAAAAAAUAUUUGAUUCUUGUUAGUGGAUGAAAAUUUUUUUUCUAUUCAUGUCCAAACCCAACUUCCAUUACAUCUGGCACUUGGAACUGGCUAAUGCCUAGAUAUAUUUUUUUAAUUGAAGCCAUUUUUCAUUUUAACAUGGUUUCCAUCAUGUACAGUAAUAAGUUUCAAAACAAGCUUGGAUCUAUUUCCUACCCUUUAACCGAAAUUUUCAGCAAUCUCCAAUAAAAUGUUAAAGAUUUUCAUUCAUAAAGAUAUUAACUGAAUAUUUUCGUAGGUCAUGGAGAAUUUUAAUUACAUUGAGUCAUAUAUAUGUAUUUGGUAAGAAUUUAUUGCAAUUUGAAAACAGUCGUAUUUUGUAUGAUUUCAUUAAUUUUGUUCUUACAAUAACUCAUAACUCAUGUAUCACAUCAUGUUCAUACAACUUAUGAUACUACGUGUAUGUAAAUCAUGUACAUGUAAAUUAUCUGUUUGUUAUGCUUUAUCUUAGUUAUUGCUUAGAGGAAGCGAAUAUAUUUGCAAUAGAUGAUCAAUUUAGUUGUUUACAGUACUUCAGAUACAUUUUAUGCAUUGUUACAAUGUGUGUAUGUAUGGUGAUUAUGAUUACUGCUAGUCAUUCAGAAAUAAUUUUGAGCAGUCUGGGGAGUAUUUCAUCAAUAUUUUCAUCCGACAAGUUGUCAGAUCUGACAUCUUUCCAUGAUUUUGAUUGACUGGGAGGCACUGUUCCUAUGGUAACUGUCGGAUAAAACGUCCGACAAGUCCUUUCAUGAAACGCCCCCCAGGUAUUCAUGUAUGUACAUGCAGUUUACAUGUAAGGGUGCAAUUUUGAAGUAACUGCAUUAGAUUGGUUUGGGUCAUUGAGGUGUACAUAGUUGUGAAAUAAAAAUAUAUUGAUUUUAUGUACUGCUUUAUAUCACAUUGAAACAACAUAAAUUAUUGAUCUGAAUCUUUGGAAGCAAAGUACUUCCUCUAUUUCCGUCCAAUGCACACAUUGGUCUUUUGAAUGAUGAUGUGAAAGACACAUGUUUAAUGUUUCAGGUACUGUGUUGCUAUGGUCAAAUUGGUUCCAUGACAUUUGCUUCAGUGACAAUUGCUCCGAUGGAAAAUCUGCACGUUAAGCCAAACAUAAAAUCUAACCUCCUUAACUAAAUGAACCCUAAUCAAUAUCUUACAUUAUU